AUGCUCGCGAGCCUUCUUUUCAUUCCUUUUCUUUCUAGCGUAACUGUCGCCGCACAGUCUGUUUCAGUCGUCUGCGUUGCGGGUCAAUGCCUUGAGGGAUUCACGAAUACCACUCUUGGAGCGACACUAUCAGCGUCGGGCGCUGCCACAAGCCUUCACCUCCUUCCUGGAGAAUAUUCAUCUACCACCAACCCGGAACUACUCCAUGGCCUCCUCACUUCGUCAAGCGCGUCGCUCUCUGCAUCUCCGGGGUUCUUGGUGAAUUCAACUGUAUCUCUUCCGUUUGAUCUGGCUCUCCAACCUGGCAUCGCUUCUUAUCCCGGUGCCAACUUCUCGGGCCAGGCCACUUUCACCUCGCUCCCCACAAAUGUUUCCACGACGAACAGUUCCAAGCAGCUUUCUGCAGGGUCUUUCGCAUUGGCAUCAAAUACUUGGGCAUCUUUCGCCGGUGCAGCGUCGAACGAUCGCGUUAUUUUCUGGGACUCGGUUUCCGACGUCUCGCAGUUGCCUGCAAGCACGGUGGGCAAUCCCCUUACACUGGGACAUGUGUCUGCCCAACCGGAUUCACCGGCUCUUCCUGCGAAUCCUGCGCGUCAAACUUCUUCGGACCUACAUGCCAGGCCUGUCCCGCAGAUUGUGAACAGUGCGACGAUGGCAUUCAGGGCACUGGACAAUGUCUAG